GUCCGACAUCACCAUCAUUUCGCAAGAAACAUGGACCAGCAUCGGACAGCCAGCCGCUCGACCCACCGACGAAUCUGCUGUCACGGCUUCCGGAAGCAGCCUCAACCUUCUCGCCGAGUUCCAGACCGAGAUCACCAUCGGAGGCGUCACCAAGCGUGGACGCGUCUUCAUCUCGGACAGCGCCGAACUCAACGUCCUUGGCAUCGAGACGAUGGAUCUUUUCGAUCUGUGGUCUAUUCCGAUCAACAACUUGGUCAACGCCGUGCACCAACGCCCCGACCAAGUCAUCGAGCAACUCAAGCAGCAGUUUCCGGAGGUGUUCCGAAGCACGCUGGGUAGAUGCACCAAAGCGCAGGUGAAGCUGUACCUCAAGCCCGACGCACGUCCAACCUACUGCCCGAAGCGACCAGUGGCGUACGCUGCUCUUCCGAAGGUGGACGCAGAACUGCAGCGGCUCCAGGACAACGGUAUCAUCUCGCCAGUUCAAUUCUCGGACUGGGCAGCUCCGAUAGUCGUCGUGCGCAAGGCGGACAACGUCUCCGUCAGGAUUUGCGGUGACUAUUCGACGGGGCUGAACAACGCGCUGGAAUCUGACCGACACCCGCUGCCUCACCCCGACGACCUCUUUGCGGAACUGGCUGGCGCACACUUCUUCACACAUCUCGAUUUGUCUGACGCCUACCUGCAGGUCGAAAUCGAAGAGGAAUCGCGCAAGCUGCUCACCGUGAACACGCAUCGUGGCCUGUUCCAGUACAAUCGACUGCCGCCUGGAGUCAAGCCGGCGCCUGGAGCUUUCCAGCGCAUCACCAACAGCAUGGUUGCCGGCAUUCCUGGAGUCAAAACGUACCUGGACGACAUCCUCAUCGCUGGCCGCACCAGAGAGGAUCACGAUCGCAGUCUUCGCGCUGUUCUCGAGCGCGUGCGUGAGUAUGGCUUUCACUUACGCAUCGAAAAGUGCCGUUUCGCCCUGCCACAGAUCAAGUUCCUCGGACACAUCGUGGACAAAGACGGCAUUCGGCCCGAUCCAUCCAAGACGGAGGCCAUUGCCCAGAUGCAGCCGCCGAAGGAUGUCCAGCAGCUGAGGUCCUACCUCGGCGCAAUCAACUACUAUGGACGGUUCGUGAAGCAGAUGAAGCAGCUCCGGGCUCCCCUGGACAACCUGCUCAAGAAGGACGCACCCUGGCGCUGGUCCGCAGAAUGCCAGAAAUCGUUCGAGCAGUUCAAGGCCAUCCUGCUUUCCGAUCUGCUGCUCACCCACUAUGACCCGUCCAAGGAGAUCGUUGUCGCAGCAGAUGCAUCGAAGUACGGCCUCGGCGCCGUCAUCAUGCACCGAUUCCCGUCCGGUGAGGUGAAGGCCAUCGCACACGCCUCUCGCUCACUGACGCCGGCGGAGAUGAACUACGGACAAGUGGAGAAGGAAGCCCUGGCCCUGGUUUUCGCUGUCACGCGAUUCCACAAGAUGCUGUACGGACGCCACUUCCUCCUGCAAACCGAUCAUCAACCGCUGCUCAAGGUAUUCGGCUCGAAGAAAGGCAUUCCUGUCUACACGGCGAAUCGUCUUCAACGCUGGGCCUUGACGUUCCUGCUGUACGACUUCGACAUCCAGCACGUUUCGACGACGGCUUUCGGCUACGCUGAUUUCCUCUCCCGGCUGAUGUCAUCCCAAAGCCGGCCAGACGAGGAUUACGUGAUUGCCGCCGUCUACGUCGAAUCCGAAGCCAGAGCCAUCCUCGACGACUCAAUCAGCAACCUUCCAGUCACUCACAAGAUGAUCGUGGCUGAGACGCGAAAGGAUCCAGUUCUCCAGCAAGUGGUGAGUUUCCUCAACGAAGGUUGGCCAGCGAGCGCCAAGCUGAUUGCUGACUCUGACGUCAGAAAGUUCUUCGCUCGGCGCGAUGGACUCCAAGUCAUCGACGACUGUGCUAGUGGACACCCAGGGAUGGACCGCAUGAAGUCUCUGGCCCGCAGCUACGUUUACUGGCCGAACGUAGACGACGAUGUGGUGCAGUUUGUUCGCCAGUGCAAACCGUGCGCUGCUGCAGCGAAAUCCCCGACGAAGGCGACCCUCGAGUCGUGGCCUCUCCCGGACAGGCCGUGGCAACGUGUCCACAUCGACUACGCUGGACCAGUCGAUGGUUACUACUACUUCGUCAUCGUGGAUGCCUACUCCAAGUGGCCCGAGAUCUUCCGCACUCGUGCCAUAACCGCAACUGCAACCCUGGACAUGCUUCGUGAGACCUGUUCCCGUUACGGCAACCCGGACGUCCUGGUCUCAGACAACGGAACGCAGUUCACCAGCGGGCAGUUCGAGGAGUUUUGCCGUGCGAAUGGUGUUACCCAUCUCCGCACUGCGCCCUACCACCCGCAGUCAAACGGCCAAGCGGAGCGAUUCGUUGACUCACUCAAACGUGGCCUCAAGAAGUUGAGUGAGGGGGAAGGCUCGCCCACACUGGAGCACUUGCAAACGUUCUUGUCGGUGUACCGUUCCACGCCCAACCGGAACACACCGAACAUGACGUCUCCAGCUGAAGCAUUCCUUGGACGACCCGUGCGCACCACACUGGACCUGCUGAAGAAGCCUGUUCCUGCCACGCCGGUCGCCGUCAACCACAAGCAGAACGAGCAGUUCAACCAUCGGCAUGGAGCCGUCAAGCGCGAGUUCAAGGACGAUGACCUGGUCUACGCCGAGUACCACCAGCGCAACACCAAGUCCUGGAUUCCCGGCCGUGUCGUCGAACGGAAAGGUUCCGUCAACUACAUCGUGCAGCUGGACCUGGAAGGAAGACAAAGGAUCGUGAGUUCGCACGUCAACCAGUUACGCCCUCGCUACGAUGCUGAUGUUCCUGACCAAGUCCAACAACGUCUACCGUGGGAGAUCCUGAUCGAAGAAGCUCGACCGUUGCUGCUAGCCGACCAGGAAGAACCUGAAGCUUCCAUCGAGAUCGACAUCCCUGUUCCAGACAGUCCCGCACCUCCAGCCCUGCCUGGAACCGAAGAUCCAUUGGAAGGUGGAUCUGGCACAAACCCCUUUGUGCUGCCUGAAGAAGAUGCCGUACCCGCCGACAAGCCCGUAACGCCGCCGAAGCCGCCGACACCGAUACUUCCUGUUGGUCCACGACGUCCCGUUCGACCGUCCAGGAUUCCACGGUGGCUGAAUUUGUACGACAUCUCUUAAGGGGGAGAUGUAGCAGGCCUUGACCUGCACAGCUGAUGCAAGUCAGUUCAAUCCCGACUACCAAGCAAGUCGGAUGUAAUAAACAGUUAUUUCGCUACAACCUAACUGUCUUUUAGUAGCCUAGCAACGG